AAUAAUCGGGAGCAACAAUAAAAUUCCUAAAUACAUUAAAUGCACCAUUCAAUAGCCACGACCGCCACAACCUCUUGGCCGGUUACGCAUCCACAGUUGACAACCAAAAAUAUAACCUGUACGAGCUGAAACUUAUGAUAAGAUUAGCCCAUUGAGGAAGUGGUUUAUUUUUAAAUAUGUUUUUAGAAUUAAUUAAGUACUAACCGGUCACGAUGCUUCUUCUGAAUUGCAUACCAACGUAAAAUGCAAAACGAGCUAGCAGUUCACCUGUCAGAUUCAUGGUCAGCGAUCUUGUCUACGACUACCACCCUUUGCUCGGAUCAGUUUGAAAACUUAUCCGAUUACACGAGGAACGCCUCCAAGCAAUUCCUUUUAGCCUUCUUAAUCUACUGCACGCUUUGCGUUUCGAUUUACAUCGCAACCUUUAAAUGGAAGUGGCCAUUAUUCGCGAGCGAUUUCGACGAGCCGAAACGGAUCCUGAUAGUCACCGCGCACCCCGAUGACGAGUGCAUGUUUUUCGGACCGACGAUACUUAACGUGGUCCGAAAUCGUAAAUCUCUAGUCUACCUCAUGUGUCUGUCGACGGGGGCCAAUUACGGAAUGGGAAGGACGAGGAAGAGGGAGCUGUACGACGCGUGCGACAUUCUGGGUAUCGAACACGGUCACAUUAUAAUUCGCAAUCAUUCGAAUUUGCCCGACGCGCAGGGAGCAAGAUGGCCGACCGAGCUGCUCUCGCGAAUGAUACUGGACCAAAUCGAGAGAUAUGAUAUCGACACGUUGGUGACGUUCGAUAAAUACGGCAUCAGUCGACACAUAAAUCACUGUAGCAUAUACUACGCGAUCGCUUAUCUUAGUAUAGAGAAGAACCUACCCAAAGACUGUAAAGUUUACGUUCUCGAAACAAUCAACGUACUAAGGAAGUAUUCGCUAAUUUUCGAAAUACCAUUCAGUUACUUGCUGUCGAGACGUAGAUUUAUUCUGAGCUACGCCGAUCGAAAUGUUCUCGUAAGCGCGAUGAGGAAGCACAAAUCGCAGAUGGUUUGGUUUCGAUACUUGUACCUAACGUUUUCCAGAUAUUUUAUAAUCAACACGUUACAAGAGAUGGACUUAGAAGAUAUCGAGCUUGAGUUGGCGGUAGACGAUUGAUUUUUUCUAUGCUAAAUGUGUUCUUAAUAAAUACGUAUUAAAAUUCA